AUUGUGCAUCUUAAGCUUUUUCUCUUUUCACCUAUGGUGGAUGGGUUAGCAUUCCACAAAAGCCAGUGAGACCGAGGUUUUGCUCGACGGCAUGCUAUUUUCAGAGCUGCCAGACACAUCCGUGAGAGUAUUCUCCACUGGGAGAACAUCCAGAAGGAGCAUCCAGAGGGAAGGGCCAGUUAACCAACCCAGAAAGCAUGCUCGUGUGCCAGACUGGGUGAAGUCUGGCCCAAGCACGAACGCCCUGUGGCGGACAGAGGCAUGGCCUUAUCCACUGAAGCCUUCCCACAGGCCUACCGCACCCAGCCGUAUUGCCUAAUGACAAAGCCGCCUCUCGGAUUCAAGCUGGGUUAAGCUCCCGUUGUAUAGAUGUGUGUUGAAAGCAAGGCUCAUGAGACGUAGCCCUGCUUGGGACUGAUAGCAGAGGUUAUCCAGGUAGGCAUAAACACUCCUGUUGAUCCAGGGAGUGCGCAAGCUGCACUCGAUCAGCGUGCAGGCAUGCAGCAAUUCAGGAUAGCGAAGGAAGGGAAAAGCCUGCUGGAAUGCAGUCCAUGAGCAGGACAACGCAUAAUUAAAAUGUGCAUAACUAGCUUGUGUUUUUCCCUUAACAUGUGAAGUGGUUAGAUUUAAUCCUGCAGAUCACUGAGGAGAGUAGAGGGAGAACUUGAGGUGUCUGGAGUUAUUAGAGCAUUUAUCAGACGAUUUUUGGUUUUAAAAUACAAAAAUUGUGAAAUGUUUUUGUUGCUUGGAGCUCACAGUUGAGAGAGCAAAGGUGGUUGCUGGGGUGAAGUGUGUAGCUCUCCUUCGGUGAGAGUCGGGUGGUUGAUGUGUGUGUACAUUAUUGAACUGGGCCUUUCUGAUGAUCUGCUCUAGUAUAUUUGGCUGCGUAAGUACCCUUCAGAGAGACCAGUCCUACUUGUUCCAAGCUGCAUGUGACCAAGGAAGCUGCGCAGCGUUUGGGGCUGUGGAGAGUGGUUUAGUGCAAGAAAUGUGUAUGACAGGCAUGUCUUAGAGACCUACAAAUGCUAUAUGUAAAAAGUACGAUUGUUCUCAUGAUGCAUACCCGCUUCUUGAAAAGGUAGGGACGGGCUCUUAUGGCAGUAUAGGGGCAGGAGUAAUGAAGGGAUCGCCUAAUGUAGGAGGCAGCAGCUUACCUGCUCUUUCAGUCUGUGUUUUCUCAGCACCUGUGCUUUGCCAGCUUUCGACUUCUGCCCCGCACAGCCGCGUGUAGCUCCAGCCAGCAAUCUCAGGCCUUGCGCAGGGCUGGUGGCUUGCCUUGCUCCAGAGCGUUGUGCAUAUGGGGAGGCUGAAUGAAAAGUGAUUAGCAUGCCCCUUGGGCUCGCCAGAGCCUGUGAUCAAAGGCCUCUUGCUGGCAGUCACUGAUGGAGAACAUCAUCCAUUAUCUUUGUGUCUGAUCGCUUCCUAAUCUCGGCACUAGCUGUUCUCGCAGUUCCUCUUCUGGAUGGCAGGGAACUGAGGUACAGGGAGGACCAAGGAAGGAACACAAAGCAAAGCAGGGGCUGGUCCCUGGACCCUGAACUCCAGAGUAGCAUCCUGAAUGCUGACUGUCCUCCUGGAAGUAACACAAGACCUACAUUGCUGAGGGAAAGAAAGAUCAUGUUUUUCACAAUACGUCAUUUUUCAUUUUGCUCACCUCUGUUUUGCUGUAUUUCGUUGAUCUGCUCUGGCACAUACCAGGUCUCUCUUGAAAACUGUAUCUUUGCAUGCACAAUUAUGCCCACAGGUAAUAGGAAACCAAGGUUUCAAAAGAAAACCUGAUCCCAUUGCUAGAUAAUAGCAGUUUCCUAAAUAAAUGUGUGGUUGCCCCGGGGGUUGAGGUUGUUGCCAGAUGCACCUUUUUUUGAUUGGUGAGAACAGCAGAUGACGCUUCAUGGCAUAUAAGUGCAAGAGAAAACACAGGAGCGCAGAUAAGCAGAGCAAGCGAGCCAUCUGGAAAGAAGAGUUGAGAAGGUGUUAAAGCAGCUGCUUGCCAUGGCAUUUGGAAUGCUAAUCUAUAUUUUGCUGAAAGUAAGCAUCUAUUUGCAUUACACAGCAAUGGGGGCACUGAGUGAAGAGUCAGCUAUUACUGUUUCAUCCCUCAGCACAGACUUAUGGAAUAAUUGGACAAAAAACAACGCUGAAGUAGACUACACAGAGCAGCCAAAGCUCUUGAAGCUUAUGCAGACCUGUCUUGAAGAACACCACAGCUAUUGCAUCAAUGGGCUCUGUGCUUUCCACAGCGAAUUGAGGAAACCCAUAUGCAAGUGCCUCGCAGGUUAUAAUGGUGAGAGGUGUGAACAUUUAACACUAAAUUCAUACGCGCAUAAUUCUUAUGAACGCUACAUUGCUGUGGGAAUUGGUGUAGGAAUACUGACUAGUGGGAUACUUGCUGUCAUCUACUGCUACGUAAGAAAGAGAUGCAGGAAGUUGAAAUCACCCUACAAAGUCUGCAUGGGCGAGACAGCGUUAUGAAGAUCUGGCGUUGGGACACUUGCCAGUUUGCCUGUAAACGAGAGGAAGUUCUGCUAGGAAGGGCACCCCGCGCCAUCCGGCAGGUACCCCAGCCUCGCUGAUGAGAUGAAAUAAAGGGAAUGACAGAGCGAGUACAUAAAACGAACGCCUGCAGAACUGAUGGGCUCCAUUCACUUUUGAAGAAAGACUUCCCCUUUUUAGUAAAGGUUGCUAGACGAGCAGGUCCAAACAGCUAAGGAUGCUUGUAGCCUUCUCAACGCUCUCCUGUGGUUGAUAUUUGCUGAGGGGAGGACUGGUUGGUUUUAGCUGUUUUCAGUCAUUUCAAGCCCUAGUACAGUGUUCUGCUCUGGUCUUUUCUGUCAGUUUUUUGUUGUUUGGUUUGUUUUGUUCUUUUUUUUUUUCAUCUUUUUUCUCCUCUGGAGGAAAAGCACAACCUGUCUCACAAUGGAGUUGUAUUCUGAACAUCAUAUGCUGACAAGAAACCGUUUGGGUUCCGAUUUCAGUGUCUGCUGCCUAUGUGUGUGGAUAAACAGCCCUCCUCCAACACAGCAGUUAUUUUCAGUGUGCUAAGCAAAGUAUAGGCUUCUGUUGCCACAAAGGACAAAAUCUUAAAAUGCUUUGGACUGAGUAAAAAUCGAUGGUUCUCAAAAGCUUACUUAAACUUGGGAAGAGAGUAUAAGCAAUUCAUGGAAAAUUACAUCAUGACACCUCUGGGCAUGGCAAGUUCUCACUAUUUUCAUAAGCAAAGGAAUCGGACAUCUUUCUCAAAAUGGAUUAUUGAGUGUGUUCUUGACAAAGAACUCUACCUUUCCCUAACAUCAUAUAGCAGCUCAUGAGAUUCACAGAACUUCACGCAGAACAUUACCUUGCUGCACCGUGAUUUCAGCGCAAGACUUGAGUUGCUAGAGAAGCUGGAAUUUUGUUAUGGAACUUCAGUAUAGCUUUUCCCAGGAAACAGACUCUCUUUAUUCCAUUCGUACGUUGCGUACACAAUGUGACCACUCAAAUAAGAAAGAAAUGGCCAUAAGGAUUUUGUUCCACGCUGGACAGACAGAUACAUAUUAGAUGCUUGUUUUUCUUCAUCUUGUCUAUGAAGAAUUGCAAAGGUAAAAAGAUUUUGUUCAAGGAAAAGGGGAGAAAACUGGUUCUGAAGACAGUGGCACUAACUGUGACUUCUCACUGACAGCUGCAGUGUUUGCUAGUGCUGAUGAGACUGGCGAUGGCUUUAAGAGAUUUUCAUUUCAGCUGUUGCACAUUGUCGAUGCAUCCGCUAUGCUUAGUCAUCUACAAGAAAAAGGCAAUUAGGUACUUGGGGAUUUUAUGUGAUGAUAUAGGCUCCUAACUCCAGGUGCCCUGCUGGAAAGCUCAAUUUCUUUGUUAAUGUGAGUUAAUUUUCACAACAGGAUGCAUGUCAUUUGUUGAAAAACCCCUGUGUAUUUGUGAGACUACAAUGAUAAUGCUGAAAUGUGUAUGAAAGACUGGGUUUUGAAAGGGUAAAUGUACAUUUGGCACUCCAGUGGUCUGAAGUUCAAUGGGCUUCUCCCACAGGGGGAUCCUGGUCAGUAGCUGAGUCAUCUUGGCUCUCCAUUUGAUACCAAUAAAUAAAACAACACGUCACACACUG